UAGUAUCAAAGCCCAUUUCUGAUGUUCUUUUUUUAUCUACAGGUGCAGGAGAAUCUGGGAAGAGCACAAUUGUAAAACAAAUGAAGAUUAUCCAUGAGGAUGGAUACUCAGAAGAGGAAUGCCGACAGUACAAAGCAGUGGUUUACAGCAACACCAUUCAGUCCAUCAUGGCUAUCAUCAAGGCCAUGGGUAACCUGCAGAUUAACUUUGGGGAUCCUUCUAGAGCAGAUGAUGCUCGCCAGUUGUUUGCACUCUCUUGCACUGCAGAGGAGCAGGGAAUCAUGCCAGAGGAUUUAUCCAAUGUGAUUCGGAGGCUGUGGGCAGACAAUGGAGUCCAGGCCUGCUUUAAUCGUUCCCGGGAGUAUCAGCUGAAUGACUCUGCAGCUUACUACCUGAAUGAUUUGGAGAGGAUAGCCAGAGUGGAUUAUAUUCCAACCCAACAAGAUGUGCUGAGAACCAGAGUGAAGACUACAGGCAUUGUAGAGACUCAUUUUACUUUCAAGGACUUGCAUUUCAAGAUGUUUGAUGUGGGGGGCCAGAGGUCUGAGAGAAAAAAGUGGAUCCAUUGCUUUGAAGGAGUUACAGCCAUUAUCUUCUGUGUUGCUCUUAGUGCCUAUGACUUAGUUCUGGCUGAAGAUGAAGAGAUGAAUCGGAUGCAUGAAAGUAUGAAGCUGUUUGAUAGCAUCUGUAAUAACAAGUGGUUCACAGAUACUUCCAUCAUUCUUUUCCUCAACAAGAAGGAUCUUUUUGAGGAGAAGAUCAUCCACAGUCCUUUGACCAUCUGCUUCCCAGAGUACGCAGGGGCCAACAAAUAUGAUGAAGCUGCAGGCUAUAUUCAGAACAAGUUUGAGGAGCUGAACAAGAGAAAAGACACCAAGGAGAUCUACACCCAUUUCACUUGUGCCACUGAUACCAAGAAUGUGCAGUUUGUCUUUGAUGCUGUCACUGAUGUCAUCAUCAAAAACAACCUGAAGGACUGUGGGCUCUUUUAGCUCUUCAGAUGGCAUCUACUGAGGAACAUAGAAAGGAUUACUUGAACCGCUCCAUAUGAGGAAGAGGCUGGUGUUGAUGAAGGGAGGACUGCACCAUUUAACAACUUCUGCUUCUUAAGUUUUGUUUCAUUCCUUUAAAUUUUCCUAAUGAUGAGACUUUGGCAAUUCUUCCUGUCCAAAGGACAGGGUCCAUUGCUUCCCCUGCUCUGUGCUGUCUAGAUGCCUCCUGCAGGCCAUUUGUCUUCUCCCUAUGCCCACAAAGCCUUACUAAAGUACCAAUGAUUGGUGACUUGCCAUAGUUGUAACAAUUCCAUAUAUGCCCUUUUUUCCCUCUUCCUUUAACUGAAAUACAGAUGGUAGCAAGUCAGAGGGCUUUGGAUAUGUUUGCCAUGUUCUUUACCUUAUUUUUUAAGAUACAAGGUGGGGUUUGGGGGUGGUUUUUUGUUUUGCUUUGUUUUUGUCCAAGCAACUUUCUGUCUGGCCCUGCCAAAGCAAUCUACAGUCCAUAUGUUUUUUUACCUUCCAUCAAGUGGAGCUCUUGCCAUGGAGCAAGUUUUUCAGCUCCUACCUCUGUAAUUUGCACAGACCAGCAAGAAAACAAAAACAUUCCUUAAGAGUCAAUUAGUGCAGGAAAAGCUGGUCUAUUGUUUUAUAAGAAACCCUUUUUAAAAAAAACGUAUUUAAAAUGUCAAGUAGUAAACGGUUGAGUUGCCCAGUAUGAGCUCAUCUUCUCUAGUAAAUUUGUGCCUUGAGGGUGUCUGUAUGUUUACAUCUGUUCCUUAGUUUGCUUCAACGUGUAUUGUGUUUAGAAUAGAAUGCAGUGG